AUGAACGGUAUUUCAGUUGAUAUUAAUCAUUUGAAGAAAGGAGAAGUUAAUUUAGGUACAUCAAUUAUGGCCGUUACAUUUAAGGAUGGGGUUAUAUUAGGAGCGGAUUCAAGAACAACAACUGGAGCAUAUAUCGCUAACAGAGUCACAGAUAAGUUGACGCAAAUUCAUGAUACCAUAUAUUGUUGCCGGUCGGGAUCAGCAGCAGAUACACAGGCUGUGGCGGACAUUGUUAAGUAUCAUUUGCAGGUUUACUCAUCACAAUUACCAAACAACGAAAAGCCUACUACGAAGGUAGCAGCGAACGUAUUUCAAGAAUUAUGUUACAACAACAAAGAUGGUUUGACUGCAGGUAUUAUUUGUGCUGGGUAUGAUAAACAAAACAAGGGAUCGGUGUAUCUGAUUCCAAUUGGGGGUUCUAUACAUCAACAAGAUUAUGCGAUUGCAGGUUCGGGAUCCACGUUCAUUUACGGUUGGUGUAACGAAAACUACAAGCCUGAGAUGGAAAAGGACGAUUGCGUUCAAUUCAUCAAGACUGCAUUGUCUGAGGCCAUUAAAUGGGAUGGUUCUUCUGGUGGUGUCAUUAGAAUGGUCAUUUUAACCGAAAAAGGGGUCGAGAGAUUAAUCUUCUACCCUGAAGAUUACCAAAAAUAA